AUGGACGACAUGGACUCUCUAGGAACCGCAGUGGGCGCGGCCGCUUUACGUCCUGCGGUCAAGCGAACCUACGGACGUCGCAGAGAGCCCGCACUCGACACGAGCAUACUCGACUCUACUGUCUCUACAGGUGCCUCAUCACGGGCUAGUUCCAAUGAUCCUCCCUCUCUCGAACCGAACCACGAAUAUCCGCCGACAUCUGAUGGGCCCGACGCGUCUGCCUCCUCCCCCGCUUCCUUCGACGACGCUGAGGCCAGCAACGAAGACAAUGACAGAGGCGACGCGCUCCCCUCGGGUUACGAGUUCGACUGGAAGAAGAAACUCAGGGAGAUGGACGAGGAUGAUGACGCGGUACAGGAAUCAGUGAAAGACGCGUCUAGUCAGCGCCCCAUCGACAGCAAACGCGCCGCGUCACCGCAGCCAUCUUCACCCGCUGUUGGCAUACCCUCGGCGGAGACGCGAGAAACUGAUGAUUUGUCCCAUGUCAAUUGCGACGAGAGCAGUAAGGUCGCUGACUCCCCAGUGGCGUCGCGUUCUCCAUCGCCGGUUGUCCGUCGGCGGCCACCCAGGAGGAAGUCGCUCGCGCCCAGAGCAGACUCUGACAGCGAGUCUAGUGAUGCUCUUGACAAGAGUCCUCUUCGCGCCGUGCUCAGUCGCUUGCCUUCUCCGGCCGUGCUGCCCACGUCCCUUACUGCCAAAGCCAAAGGAAAGCAGAAGGCUAUUGUAGAGACGGACUCCGACGAUGACGAGAGUCGUACGAGUAAGCGACGGCGAAACGCAGGGAAGGGGAGGCAAACACGCGUUAAGCCGCCUACGAAGAAGGAGCGAGAAGAGACCCAGAAAGCAACAGCGCGUAUGAUGGCUGAGCGGGAUGCGACUCUUCCCAGAGCACAAGGGCAGCAAUUCGAACUGUCGCAUUUUCUGGAGAAGCUCAGCAAACCCUCGAAGCUUCCUGUGAAAGUGAAUAAGCGCGUGGAGGUACCGGACACGGACCCCAUACAGCCAUUCUCUUCCUCUCCCUCAUCACAUGUACCGCAAGAGCGCCCUAAUAUUCCUCUGCGUGCUCGUUCGGUGUCGCUGAAGCCACUUGCUCGGGCAGCAUCACCGGUGCCUGGCACGUCGUUCAAACCUACUGGCCUUCUUGGUCUUGCUUCCACACGUGCCGGUGGAAGCGACGAUUCCAGCGAGGACGAGGAAAUGCCUGACAUCGAAUCCUUGCUCCAUGAAGAAGCCAAGAAGAGGGAAGAGCAGGAGAGGCUUCAGCGCGCGGCCGAGACCAAGAGGCGUUUCUUGAAGCAGCAGCAGAAUCGCGUUCCCACCGACGAUGAGGACGGUAGCGAUCUCGAAAUAGUCCAUGAAGACAUGCACGCUGACGCCGCGGCCCCGAGCUUCCAGAGGAAGAAGACGCAUGACGCUGCGGUAAAGGGGAUAUCAGUGGACGAGUUGAACCACAUGAUGCUGCGGCAGGCGCAAGAGCAAGCAGUCGCGGAGCGCCGACAGAAGGAAGAGCAGUGGCAGAGGGCAGGAGGUAAACUGAAGAACAGUCGAUCUGACACCGCGCCAGCUGGCUUUGAGCAUGCAGUGACCGCGCUCAUCCAGAAGCGUCUCACCGAAGUGCAGACCGAUGACGACUUCCACGAGGACGAGGACGAGGACAGGGACGGGGGUGAGGAUGAAGAUGAAGACGAUCCUGACUAUCAGCCCGCAGACGAGAAUCAAGAGCUCGGAAGUGGUGAUGAGGCCAACUCGGACACUGAGAGCCAGCCAGUCCUUGCAAGCCAAGUCGAGAUGACCCAGGAGUCUGAGAAUGACGACGAGAAUGUGGCCCCAGUGCCACGCGGGCGCAAAGGGCGGCCUCGUCGUCCAUUGGUCGCUAUCCAUUCCGAUGACGAGGAAGAGGGCCAGCCAGAGCCACUGGGCAGAGUGUUGGUCGCGGAUAGCUCGUUUGCACUACCUGGAUCGCAGCGUCUGCCGCAAGGUACACUGCGCCGUCGGACCUCCACAUCCUCGUUGGAGAACCAUACCGAAGACGGUACUGACAAAGAGAAUGACGCCAGUCUGAUGUACGACAGAGGCGAAGACAAAGAGAACACGGUAGUCUCAAGCCAAUCCGGGUUCAGCAGGGCAGGUAGCAUCUUCAGCCUGUCGCAGAAUCGGCCUUUCUCGCUAGACGACGGUCUUCCGAUGGAGAGCACGCCACAAGACGGACGUCGGGCUCCAUUCCAGGAACUGCCGACCGGCGACGACGACGAGAAUCCGUUCUCCUUCUCAAGCGACUUGCAGAGCCCCGCUCGUCGCCUGACGUUCUCUCCAGGUCCUCCUUUGCCGUCCCUACGAUCCGACGAGAAUGCGCCUGCCCAAGCUGCCCCUGCGAGUCCUCCAUCGGUCCGUCCUGUCGCGUUGAAAGGCGGCCUUGCAGAUCUGUUUGAGUCUCAAGCCUCAAACAAAGUACAAGCGCCCGCAGUGGUACCCAAAGCUGUGCAAGGCGGCGACCUGUCCGAUUUCUUCUCGCAGCAAACGGUACUUGACGAGGCUGUGCAGAUCAAGGGCGCGAAAGCGGCACAGGACCUUUCAUUGACGAUGGAUGUUGCUCUGCAGCCUGCCCUCGAUAUCAGCCAGACCCUCCGACGCAAGGCCGACGAGAUCUUCGACAAGGAGCAGGAGCUCAUCGCGGAAGGUGCUAACAAGGGUAUUAGCCCCGAGAAGAAGAGGAUUUUCCUGACCCAAACUCGUCCCAUGCGGACUCCUGUGCGAAGUCAGCUGUUCUCUCCGACGCAGGUAGCGAGGGUGUCCGGGAUGUCGAUUCAAGAUGUAUUCUCACCCCGCUCCGUGACGCGACAGCCGCUGGCGACGAUCGACGCGGUCAUGACCAACAAUGACGACGACGAUGAUUUCGACGCACAGCCGCGCAUGCGUCUGAAGCGGCGCAAGAUCUCGCCUGAGAAGGGUGUUCCGUCUGGUAGCCGCGCUGGCAGCGUCUCGCCGACGCCGCACAAGCCAAAGGACGUGUUUGCCAUCAUGAGGCAGGCGUCUAUGCAUCCGAUGAAGUUGCCUGCCCUGCUGGGUAAGAAGGCGAAGAGGUCCGAGUUCAUCGAGGGCGAGGCAGAGGAGUCGGAUGACGACGAUAUGAGAGGGUUUGGUCUCCGCAAGCGCAACGACGAAGAAGAAGAGGAUGACGAAGCGCAGGACCAGAACCUCCAAGAGUUGGUGGACGACCAGGAGAUGGACCAGGUUACGCUUGCUGAGGACGCUGUGCUGGAGAAACAUCGCGAGCAACUCGAACAGGACGAUCAGGAGAACGAGCGGCUUCACCAAAAUGCUGUCCAGGGUAAACUGAGGACGGCCCGUCGCAACCGCGGAGUCGGCUUCGAGGACGACGAUUCGGAUGAGGACGACGAUGACGCCGCGAGGGCGAGGCGGAGGAUGCAGCGCCAGAAGCGGAAGAUCGACGGUGACACACUCGACGUGCUAGCCCAAGAUCCGGGUACUGCGCCCUUCGCGCAAGCGUACCAAGAUGGCAUGACAGAGGAUGACGAUUUUGCGCACAUGGAACAGAACGACGAUACCUUGAUCGGUAUGGACGUCGAUACAGUCGAAGAGGGGCAGGAGGAGCAGGAGAAGGAAGUCGUUGGUAUGGCGCAGCUCAGGAAGGAACUGGUCGCUGCGUCGCGUGAGGACCAGCACACCGAAAGCCUCGAUCCUCAUGACGUCUCCUGGUUUGAGAGUGAUGGAUAUGAAGAGGAGGAGACUCAUCAUGUGAAAGAGUUCUCCGGGUCGUCGAAGAAUCUCCCUCUGCGCAAGGACGGGGACUGGGAUCCUAGUGUACAGUCAAAGUUCGGUGAAGUACCUGAGAACGAAAAGUCUCGUAUGUUGAAUUGGGCCAAGCACGAGACACGCGUAUACGGCACUGGACGCACUACUGCCUCGGUCUCCGUAACUGGAGGUGCGAGGAAGAGAGGAGGCGUCGCUUCGCGCGGCACGGGGCGCACGGCCGCCCACGGUCCGAAGCAGACGAACAAGGUGGCGAAGACACCGAGUGUCUUGUCUACUGUGUCGACUAGCAGACGCGCGAAGUUCCAAGGAUAG